AUGGCAAUCUCAGAGAAUGAUCAGAGACCAAAGCCCAGCAGUUUGCGGUCAAUUAUUGCAGGCUCUACUGCUGGUGCAGUUGAGAUUGCAAUUACCUAUCCAGCUGAAUUUGCCAAAACACGCUCCCAGCUUAACCGCAGAUUACCCGAUGCAAAGAAACUCCCAUGGCCGCCAUUUGGAACACAAUGGUAUGCAGGGUGCACAACCUUGAUUAUAGGGAACUCCCUGAAGGCAGGAAUUCGAUUUGUUGCUUUCGACUGGUUUAAAUCACUUCUACAAGAUGAAAAUGGCAACAUUUCCGGGCCUAGAACAGUUAUCGCAGGCUUUGGGGCAGGCUUCACAGAGUCCUUACUGGCAGUCACGCCAUUUGAGAGUAUUAAAACACAACUGAUUGAUGAUCGGAAAUCUCAGAAUCCUCGCAUGCGUGGGUUUUUACACGGCAGUAAGGUUAUAUUUCAUGAACGGGGUAUUCGAGGGUUUUUCCAAGGCUUUGUUCCUACAACGGCGCGACAGGCUGCAAACUCAGCAACGCGGUUCUCGAGCUAUACAAUGCUGAAACAAGUGGCCCAGGGUUAUGUUGCUCCCGGUGAAAGGCUAGGGACUGCAAGCACCUUUGCUCUCGGUGGUAUAGCAGGCCUUAUCACAGUUUAUAUCACGCAACCUCUUGAUACUGUCAAGACAAGAAUGCAAUCACUGGAAGCCAGUAAGAACUAUAAAAACAGUUUUGUCUGCGCGGCACGUAUUUUCAAAGAUGAGGGUGUCCUGACUCUAUGGUCUGGAGCUGUUCCACGACUGGCAAGGUUGAUCAUGAGUGGGGGCAUAGUAUUCACAAUGUAUGAGAAAACCAUGGAGGCGUUGGACUCUUUUGACCCAGAGCGGAAAUACAUUUGAGACUCGGGGACUCGGGGUAAUGUCCAUGGCGGGAAUAAACAUUGUAAUG